UCCCGGCGAUUUUCCCAUAAUUUUGCUCCCACCGCAAAUUAGGAGAAUUGCGAGAGAAAAAAAGCACACGUAUAUAAGCAAACAAACCCUCGCGUGCUUCAAAUCACCUCUCAAAUUCCGAUUAAUUGAAGCUCCGAGAUCUCCCCGACUGUGUGUGUAUUGUAUGUGUGCGAGAUCGUGACAAAAAAUCUUCAUGGCUAUGGGGACGGAACGAUCCAAGGCGUUGCACAAUUUCACGAUGCCGUGCGGCCUCCGCUGGGGCAAUCACCGGAUCCUCCGCUGCAUGAGGGUCAACUCCGACGCCCAAACCUCCCCGCUCCGCCGCCACGCCGCCGGCUCCGAUCACCACCCAAUCCAGCAGCGCCGCACCACCAGGGAGCGGAAUCAGGACGACUUUCUGAACGAAUCGCCCAAAACGUGCGGCCGCAGAUUCUCCGAGGACGCCGACAACGGGAUUGCGGCCACCAGGGAGAAAGUGAUGCUCGAUCUCCAGACUGCGGCGGAUAAGAUGAAGGAUGCGAUCUUCAAGGACGGCCUCGAGGAAGGGGAGGUCUCCGCCGCCGCCUCCCUGCCUCAGCCGUCCCCGCCUCCUCCUGCCGAGGCCGAGGGUUCCUGCCCCUGGAAUUUGCGGACGCGCCGAGCUGCGUGCAGAACCAGUGGCGACUCCGCCGCCGUCGGCGGCGGGAAGAGUUUCAGAAUCGAUUUGCCGCGGCCGGCUGGAUCCUCUCAGAUUCGGUCAGGGCAGAAAUCGCCGAUGCGUAAGAGUGAGGACGGUGGUGCGGCGGCUGCGAGCGGGAAGAAGAGAGAGCGGGAGAAGUUCUCAGGGGCGCUAUCGAAGCGAGACGUCGAGGAGGAUUUCUACGCGAUGGUAGGUCACCGGCCGCCCCGCAGACCGAAGAAGAGGCCGAGGAUUGUUCAGAAACAAUUGGACACCUUAUUUCCCGGAUUGUGGCUGACGGAAGUUACAACAGACAUGUACAAGGUUAUUGAAGCUGCUCCUCAUUAGGUGAAUUGAAAGCUUCUCGUUUCAGUGUCACGAUUUUUCCUUUUUUGAAGUCCUGUUUUGGAGUGUGAUUCAUGGCUCAAUUUGCAGUUUUUCAACGGAGAUAGUAUUGCUCUAGCUCUUUUACUGAUUGAUUUUGGAUGAUGUACUGAUAUAGAGGCUUAUUGCACCACCAUUGUUCAUUCGGGGUUGGCGCCAAGUGCCGAAAUUCCUCGUGGCGUUGGAAAUGUUUAUAGCUGCUUUGCUUUAGGGAUUCUGAUUUUUGCUUCUUUCACUGGUUUUAAUUGUUCAUAUAUAUAUAUAUAUGUUUCUCUUUUUUCAUGGAAUAAAGUUCAUUCAUAUAGUGGAAAAGUAA